AUGCCUGCGUCCCGCGGCGGCCAGGGUCAGCAGAGGACCGCGAGCAGGGCCACUGGCACGAGCAUCUGCGACUACGAGACAUUCUGGGGGUCCAUUUCGGGGCGUUCACGCCGCUACCUGGAGGACGCCCCGACGAAGAAGCUGCACUUGUGCCGCGAAUCGCCUUGCUGGGACCUGGGCGACUACGCCCUGCACCGGGCCACCUACAGCCCCAUCGACGCCGACGACUUGGCCAGCCAACAGCUCGGCUCUGUGGCACGUGGCGCAUACCGCUUCUUGGGUGCCGCUGGGUGGCUGCUGGGAGUCUGCGGCUGCAGGUGCCUGGCCUGCGGCUGUGGCUGCGCUGGGCGCCAGGGCGCACGCUGCUUCAGACGGCUCUGCAGCUCCCGCCGGCAAUGGCCGCCGCCGCCACCUGAGCUCACCGCGCAUGGAGACUUCUCGGAACCAGAGGAGCGCAAGUGCUGCGCGGACCAAAUCCUCGACGACUGCGACGGGCAAGUGCAGCAGCUGGCGCCAGGCAAGUGCCCGGACAAAUCUUCACGAGACGCUGUCCCACUGCUGGCGGAGAAUGCCGACCUGUCGAGCAUACGGGAGCCGCCUAAGGCGCCGGAUGCCCGCUUCUGCCACGGCAACGCGUGUCGGUACCGCGCCACACGCUUGCAAAAGCUCUGUUCGCGGGUCGGCUGCCCCCGCCACGGAGACGUCGUCGCCAAUGGCACGCGCUACUGCGUUGACCACGCCGCCGCGGCCCUGGGCCAGGCUCAGGGUCCGCCGAUGCCGCCCCCGGCCGAACCCACCCCGGGGCUCGGCGCGCGCGGCCAGCGACUCGGGGCCGGAGCCUCUCCCCAGGGCGCCGCGGCCUGGGAUCUGCGGCCGCCGAGCAGCGACAUCCACCCCCUCGCGGCGGAGCAGGGCAUCAACUACCUGGCGCUGCUUGCGAGCGUGGACGACGAGACGAUCUACCACGCGUUCCGCGCCGCACCCGUCGCAGCCCGUCGCAGCCCCGGCUGGGACAGCUGGCGGAUCGCGGCCCUCGACUGGAACGUGGAGGUUCCGCGCGAGGUGAGCCCGCUCACCGGCAGCCGCCUCGCCGCGGAGGCCCGCGCCGCGGGCGCCCCGCUGCUCAUCGCGCCCACCAACGCAGAUCGUGUCCCACAGGGGGUAGCCGCGGAUGGCCACAGCAUGGGCCUGGCCGGGAUCACCCACCUUCAGAUGCAGCGGCGGCUGGGGCGGCUGGAGCACGCCUCGGCGAGCGCCACCGUGGAGGCACCUGCCGACGAUGAGGCCGUCGAGGACGGAGGCCACAGCGAACCACUCGGCGAGCCAGCGCCGCCGGGGCCAUCGGCGGACAGGGCGCUGGGGGGCACGCCGCAGAGCGGCAGCAGCGGCCCCGGGGCGCGUCGCCCCGCGGAGCGGGGCGAGCCGCCGAGCACUGACGGCCGGAUCGACCUGCUCCGAGAUCGCCAGCCGGAGCCCGAAGUUCUGGACCGAGACGCCCUGCGAGCCAUCCUCACGGACGAG